CCCAGGAGGGUCCCCAGAAGGGGCCCAGGAGGAUCUACACAAGUUAUGCAAAUUAUCAAAAUGCUAAACACUGACCUGCUUGCUCCGUUUGAUAUUGAACAUACAGCUCAAAUGCUGCUCCAAGCUGUACAAUUUAAGGUUUUUCAGGACAACUGGAGAUCACUCAAAGGGUUCCAGCAGAGAACACGAGAUUGCCUCAGACUGAUCCUAAACACUGCAUGGGGGUAGAUGCUCUCGUGGGGGAAAAUGCCUUUUCUAAUCCUGAGCUUCAGGCUAGCUGGGACCCUGCCACUCAAGCAGUGCCAAUGUUGUUUUGGGAUAAAUCAGGUGAUGCUGCUGCCAGUGCUCCUGGCAGAUGGGAAGGCGUGUCCCAGUGGGCUCCAUGUUGCUCUGGAGACAGAUUUUUGUCUCUGGGUCUUCUCUGGCUGGAACUGGCACCUCCUGAUCGACCUCCCCAGCAGCUGCUUCCGCCACGUCUGCGGCCUCUGUGGGAAUUUCAACCUCAAGCCCCUUGACAACGUCCCCGAGGCUGGUGACAACGUCACUGCAAUUGUCACGUGGGCCAGAAGCUGGAAAAGCGCUGCCUCCGAGGCCGACCUGAUUGGUUGGGAUUGUUGUGAUGGAGCACACCCAAUAUGUGAUGAGAAGAAGAAGGAGCUUUAUGGUGGGAACCACUGGUGUGGGAUCAACAAGAAAUCCUUCCAGGGGCUCUUCAGAGCAUGUCACGACACAGUGAAGCCUCAUGACUUCUUCACAGCUGCCUGUCCCACCUGUGUCUGAGCGACGGGGCAAGGUCCAUCCUCUGCCAGUGCUGGAGACCUGCACAGCGAUGAGCUGGAAGCGUGGGGCCGUGGUCCAUGGCUGGGUGAUGCCAUCAGGAUGUCAUAAGGGCUGGGGUUUUGUUGUUUAAGCUGCCCCUUGUGUGAGGACACGAGGCUUGACUCCAUUUUCAUCAGAAGGCUGAUUUAUUAUGUUAUAUUUUAUAUUAAAAUACUUCAUUACAACUAUACUAAAAGAACAGAGAGAAGAAGAUCAGAAGGCUACAAAGACAAGAAUAGAAUUGGAAUGAAUAACAAAAAUCCUGGGACUGCUCACAGCCUUGGCACGGGUGGCUGUGAUUGGUCACUGAUUGAAAACAAUCCACAUGGACCAAUGGAAGAUGCACCUGUGGCCUUCCACAGCAGCACAGAGUUAUUGUUUACAUUUCUUUCCUGAGGCUCUCAGCUCCUCAGGACAGGAAAAAUCCCAACAGAGGAUUUCUCACUAAAAUAUCAUGGCUACAGGGUUUUGUCCUGGACUGUCCUGGAUUAAGGUAAAUUUGGGAGAAAACCGCCAAAAGGGCAAACCCACACAGCCCCUCCCCGCUAGGGGUUCAGGAAGGAUUCCUCGGAGAGAAGUGGAAAGAACCCGUUUAUUUAACAGGCAAAACACCCCCAGCAUACAAAAUGAACAACACCAGGUGACAACACUUUCACUGAUCUGAAAAGGGUGACAAAUUCAAAAAGCAGCAACCGACAGAACAAGAGGACACAGUCUCAAGCUGCGCCAAGGGAGAUACAGGCUGGACUUAAGGAGGAAGUUUUUCACAGAAAGAGCGGUCAAAUACUGGAAUCAGCUGCCCAGGGAGGUGGUGGAGUCACCAUCCCUGGAUGUGUUUAAAAGAAGACUGGAUGUGGCACUUGGUGCCAUGACCUAGUUGAGGUGUUAGAACAUGGGUUGGACUCAAUGAUCUUAAAGGUCCCUUCCAACCCAGAGAUUCUGUGAUUCUGUGAUUCUUUGAAAGUCUCUCCUGGGAGUGGUAGCUCUCUUGUCGCUCCCUCUGGCACAGGGGAUGGCUGCUGCAGCCGCCUGGGGAACUCUUGGUGUUUCCCAGGUCCCAGGCGGAGGAGGUUUCAGUGUUUCCAAAAAAAAAAGGGAAAGGAAAAACAGUCCAGGGAAAGAUUUGGACUGCUAAACUAACUAACAAGCAGAAACAAAAAGCAAAAGCAAAGCAGGGGCACAGCAGAAACAAAAAGCAAAAGCAAAGCAGGAGCACAGCAGAAACAAAAAACAAAAGCAAAGCAGGGGCACAGCAGAAACAAAAAGCAAAGCAAAACAGGGGCACAGCAGGAGCAAGAGCAAGAGCAAAGCAAAAAGCAAAAGCAAAAAGCAAAAGCCACGUUAUGUACUGCCCCAUCUCUGUGUCCCGCCAGCCAUGGGGGAGCAGACUGAUAACAAAAACCAAAACAAUCCUUGCUCUUCAGAGCCAGUCUUGAAGGUCCAGAACAUAAUGUCCAGCAUAAACAGAACACACAAUUUGGGAUACAAGCAUCAUAAUGUCACCCUAGGAUAGGUUUUCUUUGAGAAGGGAAGGAGCCAGACUGGGGAUGGAGGGGAGUGGAGGGGGAUCCAUCCUGGGUUGAAGCCCUCAAAUCCCUCAGGUGAUCCUUGGGAGUUCUCCAGAACUUUCUCCUGGUGCUCCAGCUGCUUCUUGUGUCCCAGAACCCACUCCAUCUUUCCAAGAAUCCAGAUCUUUCCCACAUGUUCCAGGCCUGGAGAUUCAGAGGUGACCUUGUCACAUUCUGCAGCUUCCUGAAAGGUGGUUGUGUCAGGUGGGGGUUGGUCUCCUUCACCAAGCAACAACUGACAGGACCAGAGGACACAGUCUCAAGCUACAUCAAGGGAAAGAAUGCUUGGAUAUCAGGGAAAUGUUUUUUACAGAAAAGGUGAUAACUUCUGGAAUGGUCUGCCCAGGGAGGUGGUGGAAUCACCAUCCCUGGAUGUGUUUAAAAAAGACUGGAUGUGGCACUCAGCGCCAUGGUUUAGCUGAGGUGUUAGGGCAUGGACUCGAUGAUCUUUGAGGUCUCUUCCAACCUAGUCAUCCUGUGAAAUUCUGUGAAAUUUAUCAGCGUCCCAAACUUCAUCUUGUGCAUUCCAGACCCCAUCCAGCACGGCACGGACCCUUGCCACACGGCUCAGACCUCAUCCCGCUUGUCCCAGUCUCUUCCCACAUUUCCCCGACCUUCCUCCUUGCAAUCCAGACUUUGCCCCACUGCUCCCACCCUCACCCCCUUUGCUGUCACUGUGGAGAACAACCACCGCGGCAGCCGCCUGGUCUCCUUCAUCAAGGUGCUCACCAUGGAGGUGUACAACGUGACCCUCAGCCAGGAACACCCCCAGAAGGUCGAGUGAUGUGGAAAAUUGACAUUUCACCGGGGUGCCCGCACCCUGUCGCUGACGUCAUCCUCAGAUCCGGAACACCCGGAUUUUUGCGAGCCCCAAAACUCCGCUUUCGCCCCCCAAAAUAAAACCUGUCAGAAAAGCGGCGGUCUGGGAUAAAAUCCCGGGAAUUCCGGCGAGGCAGGGUUUGGGGGUGGGGGAGGGCUGUUCCCCUCCCGUGCCCCCCCCCCUCCCCGCCCCCCCCUCGGUCAAUAUUUCCCCAGGCCCACGGGGAGGGCAGGGCGGGGGGGGCACCCGGAUCUGUGGGGCCGGGGAGGGCAGGGCAGGGCAGGGGGCACCCGGACAUCCGAGUGCCCCCGGGGGGGAGCGUGCCGCGCCUCGCCUGGGGCUGACCCCGCACCGCUGUCCCCAGUCCCUCCCAGUCCCUCCCAGUCCGCCCCAGUGUGCCUCCUGCAGUCCCCAGUCUCUCCCAGUACAACCCCCCCCCACCCUCCCAGUCUCUUCCAGCCCCCCCCCAUGUACCCCCAGUGUCCCCCAGUCCCUCCCAGUGCAUCCCAGUCUCUUCCAGCCCCCCCAGUAUACCCCCAGUGUCCCCCAGUUCCUCCCAGUGCAUCCCAGUGUGCCUCCUGCUGUCCCCCAGUUCCUCCCAGUGCAUCCCAGUGUGCCUCCUGCUGUCCCCAGUCUCUCCCAGUACAACCCCCCCACCCUCCCAGUCUCUUCCAGCCCCCCCCCAGUAUACCCUCAGUGUCCCCCAGUCCCUCCCAGUGCAUCCCAGUCUCUUCCAGCCCCCCUCAGCCAGCCCCAGUGUCCCCCAGUCUCUCCCAGUGUAUCCCAGUCUGCCCCAGUGUACCCCCAGUGUCCCCCAGUCCCUCCCAGUGCAUCCCAGUCUCUUCCAGCCCCCCAGUAUACCCCCAGUGUCCCCCAGUCCCUCCCAGUGCAUUCCAGUGCUCUCCCACUAUUCCCCGUGGUGAUCCCAAAUCCCUCCCAGUUGGUCCCAGUCCCCCCCAGUCCCUCCUCCUGCAUCCCAUUGUCGCUCAGUGUCCCCCCCAGUGUGUUCCAGCAUCCCCCCAGUGCCUCCCAGUCCCUCCCAGUUCCCCUCCCCAGCACCCCUCCAACAUUCCCAGUGUCUUCCAGAACGUUCCAGCCACCCCCAGUGCCUCCCAGUCCCUCCCAGUUCCCCUCCAACAUUCCCAGUGUCUUCCAGAACGUUCCAGCCACCCCCAGUGCCUCCCAGUCCCUCCCAGUUCCCCUCCAACAUUCCCAGUGUCUUCCAGAACGUUCCAGCCACCCCCAGUGCCUCCCAGUGCAUCCGUGUCACACUCAGGGCCCCCGGUGUCCCCUCCGGCCUUCCCAGUGUCCCCCAGCACCUCCCAGCCUCCACCUCAGUGUCCCCCCAGUCCCCCCCAGUCCGCCCCAGUCCCCCCCAGUCCGUCCCAGUCCGCCCCAGUCCGUCCCAGUCCGUCCCAGUCCCCCCCAGUUGCGGUGUGGGCAGAGAAGGAACUGCCUGGGGCCCUGGGAGGUGCCACCCGGGGGUGUCCCCUGCCAGCCCCCACCCCCGGCCUGUCCCCUCCCUGGGCAUAAAGCGGCUCCAGUGGCAGCACUGGGACAGACUGGGACCAUGGGAGCGCAGUGAGUGGGGACACUGGGGAC